AUGUCCUCGAAAAGAAGUAAACGCAACGAGGAAUCUGCGGAUGACGACCUUAUUGAACUUGACUUGGAAGGGUUUUCUCCACAAUCAGAAGAUCGUGAUGGGAUCAUACAGCUUCUGAGACAACAUAUACCAAAAGACUCAAAUGUUAACCUUGGAGAACUUGCUGACUACAUCAUAGCUCAAGGUUCUGUUGGGACAGUUGUUAAAAAUGGAUCCAGUGAAACUGACACUGUUGAAGAUGACGACGACGAUAUUGUAUUUUCUUUAACAACUGUUAUAAGCUUGUGUGGGUCGGUUGUCUCACGUUCGUCAGUUGUCUCUGAGCUACGUGACUUUUUACAGUCCUGCAUUUCUCGUGCUGAAUCAUCUAGUCCAGAUUAUAAGACGUUGCUUAAAGUUUUAAUGGGUGAGACUUCUGAGAAACCAGCUCUUCUCAUCAACGAGCGACUUGUAAAUCUUCCACCUGCCGUUGCUGCUGAGGCUGUUGCUGUACUACCCCAGGAAAUACAGACUCUACCAGAGGAGGAGAGACCAACACAUUUAAUCAUUCUUACUAGGGCCGUAAAAUCUGAAGAUACAGAUGAACUUAUAUACAUCCAGCCCGAAAUGGAAAUAGUGAGAAAGGUGGCCUUUGCUGUGGGUGAAACAGAGUUCGCGGAUAUUGCUGUCGGUGUUGAUGCGGAAUCUAUCAUCUAUGUGCUUAUGGCAAUUGACUUCUCCAGUCUCCCUGAAAUAUUGGACCUACUUGCAGAUAAUCCGUGA